CCGCCGCUGCCGACCUCAACUCUGACUUCUCCUGUUCUCGAUCCUAAUUGCUUCCCGUCCAUCAUUCCAUUAAAUAUAUACAGUCCAAACUCAAACCUCUUACAAUGGGAGAAUUAGGGCACAUGGAUUUGCAAGACAUUCGAUCCAAGCCAUGGAAGUGCCCAAGGUGCGGUUCGCCCGACACCAAAUUCUGCUAUUACAAUAACUACAAUUACUCUCAGCCUCGCCACUUCUGCAAGACCUGCCGCCGCUACUGGACCAUCGGCGGUGUCCUCCGCAACGUUCCUGUUGGCGGCGGAAAUCGCAAAGCGAAGAACAGCCCGAAGCCGAAGCCGAAGCCGAGGGCUGCAAUGAUCGUGAGAGAUUCGCCGUCGUCGAAAUCGAAUUCGUGGAAGUCCGAUUUGGAAAUCCUCCCGUCGCCGCUGAGGUUGAAUCAGGCGGGUGAUUGGUACGGUUGGAUUGAGACUGGAAGGGAGGCGGAGAAAGGGGCGAGGGAUUUGGAUCGUUGGAUCAUUUGCCGACGAGUGAUGAAACCGAAUGAAUGGUUGAGAUUACCGGUGGCGUCGCAAUCGGAAAUCACAACUAUUUAAAUUAUACAAAAUAUUAAUUGUUG